AAAGGCAGCAUCAUCGCCACUCCUCCCAAUAGGAAGGGCGCAUCCCCGAUAGCUAGCUGGCUAGCUCGACCCCGCACUACGAUGGCAGUCAACCUCAGCAAGAACGGCCCGGCGCUCACAUCUGCAUUUAAAGAAGUGGUAGAUGAAAAAUCCAACACCAACUGGGCAUUGUUCACCUACGAGGGAAACAGUAAUGAUAUCCGUCUGGUAGAAAAGGGAGAUGGAGGACUGGAGGAGUUGGUUGAAGAGUUGAACAGUGGAAAAGUGAUGUAUGCUUUCUGCCGGGUCCAGGAUCCAAAUUCUGGCCUCCCUAAAUAUGUCCUCAUCAACUGGACUGGAGAAGGAGUAAAGGACGCAAGGAAAGGAUUAUGUGCAAAUCACGUCAGUUCCAUGGCCAAUUUUCUGAGGGGAGCCCACGUCACAAUAAACGCCCGAGCAGAGGAGGAUGUGGAGCCCGAGGUGAUCAUGCAAAAGGUGGCCAAAGCCUCCGGAGCCAACUACAACUUUCACAAAGAAGCUUCCAACCGCUUCCAGGACAGCGGCCCCCAGGGGCCCGUGGGCUCUGUGUACCAGAAGACCAACGCCAUGUCCGAAAUCAAAAAGACCAACAAAGACAACUUCUGGGCUCAAACGGAGAAAGAAGAGGAAAAACGUCGCGUGACAGAGCAACUCAAGGCGGACGAAGAGCGCCAGCACCUGGAAAAGGAGAGGAAAGACAGGGAGGCCAAGGAGACGGUGCAGAGGGACAAAAGAGACAAGGAGAGGGCCACUCAAAUAGACCAACAAAAGAAGUACGAGCAGCAGCAGGGCGCCGCGACCAAACACCAGGAGAAACGUGCGGAGGAGGAGACCCAGGCGGCCCAGAGGAAAGCAGUCAAGAGAGGUGAAUCUGUGGAAAAGGCCAAUGAGGCGGCUUCUCUCAUCUCUCAGCGUGCUAUGAACCCCAGAGAGAUGUUCAAGCAGAGAGAGCGGGGAAUAACUCCCAGCGACUCGGACAUUCCCCCCGCUGCCCCUGCCAGCCCCCAGCCAGGCCGUCUGCAAAGCCCUUUUCUGUCUAAGCCAGCAUAUGAAAGCGAGCGAGCCAGUUCGCCUCAACGCCAAUCUUCUCCCGUCCCAGCAGGCGCCGCCUCUCCUGUCCGCGCCAUAGAGCCUGAUGUGGAUGAUGGACAGUCUUGGGCUGAGUAUGAUGAGCAGGAGGAGACCCCCCAGGAGCCGUUUGAAGAGAAGACACCAGUUGUCCCCUCUUACGUCCAAGAGACGGCUCGUGAAGAACCCGCUGAGGUGGAGGAGACUAACCUUUAUGAGGUGACUCCUGACGAGGCCCCAGACAAAGGCACCUGUGCCAGAGCCUUGUACGACUACCAGGCUGCCGACGACACGGAGAUCUCAUUCGAUCCAGACAAUAUCAUCACCGGGAUCGAGAUGAUAGACGAAGGCUGGUGGCGGGGCUACAGCCCGGACGGCCAUUUUGGAAUGUUCCCAGCCAAUUACGUGGAGCUAAUCUAGUGCAGCCCCACUGACCCCCCCCCCCCCCCCCCCAAAACCCCGGUUGGGGGUUAUCACAGUGGGGGGCCCAGGAGACAUCUGGAGUAAAAACACGCACAGGCCGUCUCUGCACCCAAUUGAGCCCAACGCGCUGAAACGGAGUCCGGCAUCCUCCACAUCAUGGACCAAUGAACGGAGGAAAAUCUCGGGGCAGAAGCGGGUUCAAAAUGGCCCUUUUCAAGAAAGCAAUUGCAUUACAUUUUUGAUGUAGUGAGCAACUGGUGGCAUAGUUUAGGGAAUUGAGAAUACCCAUAGUCAGAUCAAUGCUCCCACUUCCUCCCCCUCCCACCCAAAAUACAUCUCCUUUCCUUUAAAUGUGAUGCAGUACAAAAUCAGCCUUUUGAAUCAGUAGUAACGGCUCGUCUAGUUCACAUUCCUUACAAAGUGGCUUCAGUUCUAUUUCAGGUAUAAUUUGUUGUUCCUUGUAGCAAAUGUUCCUGUUUCAUUGAGAGAGAGAGAAAAAAAAAAAAUCAUAUUAUAGAAAUAAUCUGAAGAUGGCGGUACAAGAUACAGUAUAUUCCUUUGCCUUUCCUCAACCAGCAGACUGAACUUUCCUUUUUGGUGUGAUUGCUGCUGUGUGGAUUCCAAACCUUGUUCUAGUUCUGCUCUCACUGUGGUUGGCGUGAAUAUUUAAGACAAACCAGUUUGCUGUGCUCUGGGUGGAUUUCUAUGGGAUGCAAACAACGGUUCAGUUCCCUUAACUGUGACUUUUUAUCGUUUUCAUUUGUCAUUUGAACCAGAUUAUGUCAACAUAUUUCAUUUUUUGUGGGACAAGCUUAUAAAAACGUUGUUUUGCUUUGUGUGCGAAUCUCGCUGGUCGGAGGUUGAAUUACAGAUCCCUAAUAUGUAGUUGGUCCAGUUGCCAUAAUGACGGAAAGUGAAUGCGGUGAAAUUUUAAUCUAAAAUUGUCUUCACUGUUUUUAUAAUGGAACAAAAUUCUUGCUCUUUUGUGCUUUUGAGGUCAGUCUAUGAAAUAAACAUGAGAAGAAAAGGGCA